AUGGCCCAACACAACAGUGACUUGCACGUCCUGAUCAUAGGUGCCGGUCUGGGUGGCCUGACACUCGCCCAAGGUCUUCGCAAGCAAGGCAUCAGCUUCGAGCUCUUUGAGCGUGACGCCAGCGCUGAAGCGAGAGGUCAAGGAUACGCCGUUGGACUUCACGAUCCGGAAAAGCUCUUCGGUGGCUCCCUGCCCGAUGACGUCUUCUCAUCUCUCCGAUCAUCAUGCCACCUCCUCCCUCUCCAGCUGCCGUCGUGCGUAGCCAUGUUCUUCCCCGAUGGAAGGGCAGGGUACGUGACUGAUAGCCCGGAGACGCCCUGCAUAAGAGCCCACAGGCUACGUCUGAGGCAGGUUUUGGCUCACGAUGUUGAUAUCCAGUGGGGAAAAAAAGCGCAGAAGAUCGAGGAGAGCGAGGAGGGCGAGGAUAGGGUGACGGUGUGGUUUGAAGAUGGGACGCAUGCGGUGGGGAGCGUGGUUGUGGGUGCUGAUGGGACUUUUAGUGCUGUCCGUCCACACGUCCUCCAGAAACCAAACUCCGAGGUACUGGAGGUUUCAACCUAUGCCACAAUCACAAUGGGCGAGUGUCGUCUCAACCGCGCCGACAUGGAGAGUCAGCUCCAGCUGGCUUAUUCUUGCUUUGUAUCCUUUGAACGGGACUUCGUCUUCUUCAGCGGGCUGAAUCGCGUCGGCGAUGAUGGGUCUUACGGAGACUAUUACUGGAUGACGAUCGAGAGUCAAGACGUGGGCGAUGACCACUGGGUCAAGACGGGCACGGCGGAAGAGAGGCUGCGCAAGUCAAAGGAGAGGGUGCAAGCGCUCGAUCCAAAGCGCAGGCUCACGGUGGAAAAGACGGAGGUCGAGGGAAUGAAGAAAGUGACGACGUGGUACGACGCUCUGAUAGAGGAUAUCCCUCCCAUCAACAGGGUUAUCUUGAUUGGGGAUGCCGCUCAUCCGAUGACACCGAGUCGCGGAGAAGGCGCAAUCUACGCAAUCAGAGACGCAGUUGGGUUAUCCAAGCUCUUGGCCGAAAACAAACACCAGUCGAGCGACGACACACUUCGACACAAGAUGGAUGAGUACCAGCGAAAGAUGGUAAACGAAGGCAGCGAAUCGAUUUUGAUGGCGAGGCAGGUGAUGAAGAAAGCCAGGCAGAGGGAAACUGUGGGUAAGCCUAUGGCUUGGGGGCAUGAGGUGACGAUUGUGGAUGAGCCUAGGGCGUUGCCACUCAAUAUCUAG